AUGGCUGCGGUGUGGUGGCUUCACCUCCUGUUGACCCUGGUGGCUCUCGCCCAAGGCGCUCGCACGCAGAGCUGCUGGCGAAACACUGCCUGUUCCGGCCCCAAAAACAGUGCCUUUUCCGGUCCCUGGGAGAAGAAUAUCUAUGCGCCGUCAUCGCGAACGGUUAGUCCACGGCAGAUCCUGUCGAUCGCAUCGCCGAACAGAACCACCGACUAUGCCAAGUCCAUGCCAUACGCCUUGCAUCAGAACAUGCCCACGGUUGUGUUCGACUUUGGCAUCGAAGUCGGCGGCAUCGUCACAGUAAACUACACCACCACCGGCGCCGGCGCGAUCGGGCUGGCCUUCACUGAGGCAAAGAACUUCAUCGGACGGUCGUCGGACUCGUCCAAUGGCGCUUUCAAGGGACCCGAUGGUGUGUUGUAUGCCAAUUUCACCAACGCCGGCCAUGGAUCGUUCGUCAUGCCUGAUGAGAAGCUGCGCGGUGGGUUCCGCUACAUGACUGUCUUUUUAAUGCCGGAGGAUCCCAAAACCUGCGUCCAUGUGGAGGGUGUGAGCUUGGAGAUCGCGUUCCAGCCGACGUGGUCGAAUCUGCAGGCCUACCAAGGUUAUUUCCACUCCAACGACCAGCUGCUGAAUCGCAUCUGGUACAGCGGGGCCUACACAUUGCAGACGAAUGCGGUGCCUGUGCACACUGGUCGGCAGGUUCCCAUGCUCGAGGCAGGAUGGGCCAACAACGCUACCCUUGGACCGGGCGACACGAUCCUUGUGGACGGAGCCAAACGAGACCGUGCUGUGUGGCCUGGAGAUAUGGGCAUUGCGGUGCCAUCGUCGUUUGUUAGCGUUGGGGAUAUGGAGAGCGUGAAGAACGCCCUUCAGGUGAUGUACGAUACGCAGAAUAACUCGACUGGUGCAUUUGACGAAUCUGGGCCGCCACUCAGCCAGAAAAACUCGGACACCUACCACAUGUGGACGAUGAUCGGCACGUUCAACUACGUGCUCUACACGAACGACACCGACUUUCUCCUGAAGAACUGGAACAAGUAUCAGAAGGCCAUGGAUUACAUCUACCAGAAGGUAGACCAUUCCAGCGGACUGUUGAACGUCACUGGUACGCGCGACUGGGCCCGCUGGCAGCAGGGCUUCAACAACACCGAAGCACAGAUGAUUCUCUACCACACGCUCAGAACCGGCUCCCGCCUCGCCAAAUGGAUGGAAGACACCGAUAUUCUAUCCAAUGAAUGGAAUACUCGAGCCGAACACCUGCGCGAGGCAAUUAACGAGCAUUGCUGGGAUGACCAAUACGGCGCAUUCAAAGACAACGCGACGACGACCGCCCUGCAUCCACAAGACGCAAACAGCAUGGCGCUCCUGUACGGCGUGACAGACAAGGACCGCGCCGCGCGCAUAUCGCACCGACUCACCGACAACUGGACCCCGAUCGGCGCAGUCGCCCCCGAGCUGGCGGAGAACAUCUCGCCGUUCAUCUCCUCGUUUGAGGUGCAGGGUCACUUCACCGCAGGACGUGCCGACCGCGCAUUGGAGCUCAUCCGCCGCAGCUGGGGCUGGUACCUCCGCCAUCCAAACGGGACGCAGAGCACCGUGAUCGAGGGCUACCUCCGCAACGGGUCGUUCAGCUACCGGUCCGACCGGGGGUACUCGUGGGAUGAGUCGUACGUGUCGCAUGCGCACGGGUGGUCGGCCGGGCCGACGAGUGCCCUGACGAACUAUGUCCUGGGCCUGAGUAUUACCUCCCCCGUCGGUCUAACGUGGCUUAUUGCGCCGCAGUUUGGCGAUCUGAGCUCUGUCGAGGGCGGAUUCACCACUUCCCUGGGCAAGUUCUACGCCCACUGGGAGAGAAACAGCACUGAAACGUACACACUGCAUUUCUCCGUCCCGUCUGGCACCCGUGGAAACCUCACUCUCCCGUUCAUCCGCAGCGGCGAGCAGCCGUCCAUCACCAUUGAUGGGAACGACAUCUACCGCGGCGUAUACUAUGCCGACGACACGGCGACGGUGACCGUCAGCGGGGGUGGAGCACACAAAGUCAUUGUAGAGUAG